AUGGCCAGAACCAACUCCAUACUCAAGUGUUCAGCAAGAAAGUUGUUCCCACGGGACUCCAUCGCAAUCCUUUUGGAGGUCAGCAUUUUUAACAAUGGUCCAUUUCGCCUGCAACUAGAGCCUGGCCAUGGCAAGCAGACAGGCACCAUUAGAGGAAGCAUUUCAACCCGGCUCGGCAAGCACGAGUUCAGCUUUUGCAGGGACGACAUGCUCAUCUACGACUUUGUGCAGGCCUUUCUGCACACCAGCACCGCCGAGGUGGCGAAUCCCCGCGUCUUGGUGCCUGAAGAGAGGGUGGAGGUGCGGGAUUAUGUUAAAUGGUGCAUGGUCCUAGCCAUGUACCGGCAUGAGGUGAGACUGGCCAAUUACUGCCUGGUCUCCUUGUUGGCGUUAUAUGUGUCCCUGGCGCUCAUGUGGCUAUUCUGGUAG